GCCCGCUCUGGCGCCGGGGCAGCCUCCCUCCGCGAGAGUCAUGCCGUACAUAACAUAAAAAACGACUCAUGCGGCCAUUCCUCGCUCUGGCCAUAGCGGCAGCCGCGGAGGAGCGCUGCCGCUUCACCAUCCCUGUGGAAGUGGAUAGCAACCGUACAGUGAAAUACGUGCUGUACGAGGACGGCCAAGACGCCAUGAAUGUCGCCGUGGAGUUCUGCGCGUCGAUAGGCGCAAUAAAUGAAGUCUGCCACGACGCCGUCGGGCGCGCCGUGAUGCGACGGGCAAUGUGGCAAUGCGACGGGCGGACGCACCCCCACGCGCCGCGGUCGCUCGUCGACCACAGCACUCUCGGAGACGUGGACUACGCGCCGGUGGAACGCUUCACUGAUAUUCCAGAAGGUAUUCGACAUCUGCGCGACCACGGCUACGCCGUCUUCGCGAAGGCGGCAUCCGCGGCACAGUCCGAAGACAUCCGGACAAGACUCUGGGACUUCUUCGAGGAACGAUUUACACCUUUAAACCGUUCAAAACCAGAGACCUGGGACCUGCUGCCCGUCAACGAAUAUGGUAUUAUGCUCCUCUACGGCGUCGGCCAGAGCGAGGCCAUGUGGCGCGUGCGCGAGUUGCGAAGAGUCCGCGACGUCUUCGCGGCGGCCUGGGAGGAUGAGGACCUGAUCUGCGACUUCGGGGGUGUUGUCGCUUUUAGACCUCACAAAUGUACGGAUCGAUGGAGGACGCCGGAGCGGUGGUAUCACGUCGACAUGAAUGUGGAAACGUAUGAUGGGUUCGAAUCUUUACAGGGCUUCCUCGCGUUGACGGACAACACGGAGGCGUCCGGUGGCUUAGUUGUCGUACCCGGGUCGCAUCGCCACCACGCCGACGUGUCUCGAAGAGCGUCGACGUGGUGGGGGGUUGAAAAUCCGGAUCACCAGUUUUUGCUGCUGCAGCCGAACGACCCCGUACUAUCCGGUGUGAGGCCGAAAUUCAUUAAUUGUGAGGAAGGCGAUCUUGUUUUGUGGGAUUCUAGGGUCGCGCACGCGAACACGAACUCGCGGGUUGUGGCGCCCUCGUCCGGUGACGCGCCGCCUCCCGAUGUGAGUUGGUUCGGUGUUGAAGAUGGCUCGGAGGCAUCACCGUCAACACGGCGCGAAAGAGCGAAAAGACGGUUGUCGACGCUGGCGGGGCUGGGCCAGUUCUCCAUUACUAAGGACUGCGUCCCUCAAUUGCAACGCCUCGUCGCGCUCGUGGCCAUGGCGCCGCGCGCGCGACUGUCGGACGCAGUGUUCGAACAGCGCAAGCGGGCCUUUGCGAACGACCAGACUACCAGUCAUUGGCCGAUCCGCUUCGACGCCGACGCGCCGCGCGCGACGCCGAUCCGCUCCGCCUCCGAGUUGUCUCCGAUCCGAAGGUGGCUGGUCGGCUACCGGAACGAGGACGAAUUGUGAUGU